UGCCACUAGGCGCUGUUUGCUGUUGAAUGCGCGCCAGGUGGGAGCCAGAGGAUUGACCUCUAGGGCUUCCCUUGACAGCCGCCACGGCAAUCUCCUCCCCAGAAAGUCCUCCAAGUCGGCAACAGCCCCGCCUGCUACAGGACAGGGCAGGCCUGGUGGGUGUGGGAGCAAAGCGGUCAGAGGUUCAGAGGAGGCAGAGCUGAGCCAUGGGGAAGAAGCGCGACGCCAUCCUGGAGGCGCUGGAGAACCUGACCCCGGAGGAGCUCAAGAAGUUUAAGCUGAAGCUGGGGACGGCGCCGCUCCGCGAAGGUUUUCGGAACAUCCCGCGGGGGGCGCUCGGGCAGCUCGACGCGGUGGACCUCACCGACAAGCUGGUCUCCUUCUACUGCGAGGACUACGGCGCCGAACUCACCGCAGUCGUGCUGCUCGACAUGGGCAUGCAGGAGGAGGCUUCACGGCUUCAGGGGGUCUCAUAAAGACAGACGUGGUUGGGAGUUUUGCGGUUUUCAGCAGAGGAGUCUGGGGGCCAAGGAGAAAUGCAGUGCAGUACAAUGCUGACGAUGUUUGUGGGCAAAAAUAACCCGCAGAAGCCCGCCCCGACCACCAGUUUUGAGAAGAUGGCAGCUUCUCCACCGCGCCGACCAAGGACCGCCCGAUGCCUACAGCCCCCGCCUGCUCCUGCCCCUCCCUGCACCUGUCGUUAAUUCCAACGCAGCCCAAUAAAUGCUUCAUGACAGACCUUCC